AGUUGCUUUUCACCCUUUUGAACUGUUUGAAGUUUUUUCUAACCACAGGCAUAUAUUUUUCAAAAUAAAAAUUAUUAAGAUUUUUGGCCCUUCUGUCUGGCAGCAGCAAUCAGGUGAGCCAAGAUGGGUGCAUACAAGUACAUCCACGAGCUGUGGAGGAAGAAGCAGUCUGAUGUCAUGAGCUUUCUUCUGAGGGUCUGCUGCUGGCAGUACCGCCAGCUCUCUGCUCUCCACAGGGCUCCCCGCCCCACCCGGCCCAAUAAAGUGCACCAACUGGGCUACAAGAUCAAGCAAGGUUAUGUUAUAUACGGUAUUCGUAUUCUCCGUGAUGGCCGAAAAUGCUCAGUUCCUAAGGGUGCAACUUACGGCAAGCCUGUCCAUCGUGGUAUUAACUGAAGCCUACAGUUGAUUGCAGAGGAGUGAGUUGGACGCCACUGUGGGGCUCUAAGAGUCCUGAAUUCUUACUGGAUGGGUGAAGAUUUCACACACAAAUUUUUUGAGGUUAUCAUUGAUCCAUUCCAUAAAGCUAUCGGAAGAAAUCCUGACACCCAGUGGAUCACCAAACCAGUCCACAAGCACAAGGAGAAGCGUGGCCUGGCAUGUGCAGGCCAAAAGAGCCAUGGCCUUGGAAAGGGCCGUAAGUUCCACCACACUAUUGGUGGUUCUUGCCGGGCAGCUUGGAGAAGGCGCAAUACUCUCAAUCUCCACUGUUACCACUGAUAUAAGUAAAGUUUGUAAAACUCAUACCUAAUAAACAAUGUAGGACAGUCAAAAAAAUUACUAAGAU